AUGAAAAUCCGCAACUACAUCUUUGGCAGAGUGACCGAUCCGUAUAGCUACCUUGAGAAGAUAAAGGGAUUGCUGGAGUUGCCCUCGGGAAAGAAUACGAACAAAUGGAAGGUCCCAAAUUUUGUGCAAAAUUGUGUGCGCAGGUAUGAUGAGGAAGUGGCGAAGAAGAGUUACAGAAUAAAAUAUGACGUUCAUGCGUCGCUGCGGGAGGACUUCCUCCCCUCCGAGGGGAACACAAAUGAAGAGCUGCUCUUCCAUAACAGGUACUUAUACUUCGAAUAUAACACUGACAAGAAUCUACUAGUGUGUAGGAAAAAAAUUAAAAGGAGAUCUCGGACGAAUAACUCUUUUCAUCAUGUUAACAAAUCGCUGGAUGAUUUGAAGAGGGAAGGUUACGUCUCGAGGGACACCUCCGAAAUUGUGGCCGUGUUACCAACAAACUGUUUGAUCAAAUCUUUCUGCACUAAAGGGAAUCGCUUCUUUGCGUUUGUUGUGGAGCGUAGUGAUUGUUAUCUCAACUGGGGUUAUGUCUUCCGGGGGAGUCGGCUCGUUAGGGAUGCCAAGUUGGAUCACCUCGCCUGUGGGGCUGUCUCAAGGGAGGGUCCUUCCCCGCGGGAAAAUGGCAGACGAUGUCCAUUUAGGGGGAGACCUCCGGAAGGGGGUCCAUCACGAUCAGUGCAGAGGGGAGCAGUACAGAGGCGAUCAGUGAAGAGGAUCCCCCGCAACGGGGCCCAUCACUUCGCUGAUCACUCGAAUUGCCCCCGUUCCUGCCUUCCUUAUCACCACCUCCUCUACCAACGCGAAGGCGUGCAAAACAUUGCAUUUCUGCAGAGGAGACGCUCCACGGAUCUUUCGCCUUCCCAUUUUUCGGCUGCCCAUUUCUCGCCGGCCCAUUUCUUCCCACCCGACUUCCUCACAACGGAGCUUGAUGAGAAGCACCGGUGCAGCGGGUUGUUCCUCAACACGUGUAGUUGCACCCCCCCUCGAAAGAAGCUCCUCCUUUUCGAAGCAGACGAGAAAAAUUUCCUAAAUAUAUACUUAAGUAAAGACAUGAAGAGGAUUUUCCUCUUAAGCGGAAACCACCAUACGAAUGAUCUCUUCCUGAUUCAGUGCAAAGACAAGUCCAGGAAGGGGACUCUCCAUUAUGAGUUAAGGUUAAUCAAACUAGUAGGGAAGGCUCUUCUACGAGGGAAGUACUUCCUUGAGCACUUUCGCCACCAUGUCAUCCUAAUAGGGAAGGGGGACGAUCGGACAGAAGUGUAUGCCCUCGAUUGUGAUGCGCUGCAUCUCCAUCCGGGACAACUCGGACGAGUUAAGAAUCGCGGAAAGGAGAAAAUUUCGUUUCCCACCCACUCGGUGCAUAUAACGAAGGAGGAGGUACCCAUAAAUGGUUGCUUACGGAGAAUGAUCACUCUACAAAACUGCACACUUCACGAUUUCGACAUGACCAAAUAUGGUCUUGUCCUCUACACUUAUCGUUAUUUUUUGAAGCCGAUUAUAUGCCUCCUAUACUUAUUUGUGAAGCAGAGGGGGGGGAUUGCCCACUGGAAGGAAAACACAAAGGAGAACCGUCUGGUAGCCAAAAUGAAGAUCCUCUCUGUGCCCAUCACCAAGGGAAGCAUAGAGUGCGGAUUGAACAAUCUUUUCCAGAGCCACCUCAUAAGUGUGUACAUCUGCAACCCGUUUGUGAGCCGUACCCAGGUGGUGGUCGACCUGAGAAGGGGGGUCGUAGCCCUGCCGAGGAACGUCCAAAGGGGGGAAGAAGCGGACAAGGGGGAAAAACAGCAUAAUUGGAAGAAGCAGCAUAAUUCGAAAAAGGAGAAAAAUUCGAAAAAAGAGAACAAUUCGAAACAGGAGAAAAAUCCGACAAAGGAGAAAAAUCGGACUAGAGAGAACCCAAAUGGAUCCUUCUUCCGAGCAAAGAACAGAAUCCUCUACGACCUCCAACUUGAGGACAUAUUUGCAAAAAAUAAAGAGUACAAAAUUAAGGACAUCUUCAUUCGCACCCAGGAGGGAACCGAGUUGCCACUCACACUGAUCUAUAGACACACGAAUAAUGCCAAUCUGUGUGACAUACAGAAGGAACCUUACAAGAGUUUUUCCAAACAUGUAGAAGAGGAGUACAAUUCGUUCACUGUGACGGCUACUUCCUUUGGAAACCUCUGUGUGCAUUUUUUUCAUUCCCCAAGAUGGAGCCUAGACAUAGGGGUACAAGUGGACGAGCCUCUCCCUCUAUUCAUUAAGCCAAGCAGAACAAUCAUCAACGUUUAUCCCUUUUAUCGACAACUCAACAUUUGUAGCUACUCGGACGAGUCCCACUUUUACAUUCUUAAUAAUUUCAUUGUCGUUUAUUUUCACCUGACCGGUUCAGGCGGAUUGCAAUGUGGGAAAAGAAACACACUCUAUAGAAGCGCCACGCUUGACAAAUUCAGAACCAUUCGGGACCUCACAGAUUCUAUUAAUUGCUUGAAACAUCUCAACGUUAGUGAGACGGAGAGCAUGUCCAUUUAUUUACAUUCCAAUAGUGGUCUCCUCGGGGGGUACCUGCUAAAUGGGCAGAGGAAGUUUCUUCAAAAUAUCAUUUUGAUUAACCCCAUGAUGGACUUUUUUAAUAAUCUUACCGAUGAGAAGAAGCCACAUGUGCACUCGGAGAGACUCGAGUUUGGUUGCAUCGACCCUGAGGCAUGUCUGCUGAGGCGGGGAGGGGCCACCCUCACCACGGGGCGAAGAAAACGGGGGAGAGGGGGAAACCCUCAGAGGAAGGGUGGAGGUACCCCGCCCCAAGGGAGACAUAAUAAAAGCAUCGGAGGGAGGAACCGAAUAUGGACAAGCCAAAGAUCGAUGAGCGGAACAUUUGUCCCCCCCCAGCAGAGUGGUACCUGCCAGAGCAAACCUCACAUCGGCAUCAGACGACAAUGCCAAAAGAACCUGCUCCUUCUCCACGCGCUGUGUCCAUACAACAACAUACAGCCAACCUGCAGCGAAGUCUUCUCCCCCCCAGACCAAUCCGAUCAGAGCAUCCCAUUCAAACUUAGCGUAACCACCCACAGAGACAAUCUCUUCACCAGUGCAGUUCUCCUAUACCUAAAUAAGUACGACAUAAUAUGUCCAAAUGUUAACUCCGUGAAGUAUUUUUUAAAAUACACUCAUUAUCAGAGGGUGCAUGUGAGGUUCGGUUACUGCUCUUUUGGCUCUGAUUAUGUGGGAGGCAGCGUCAACUUCCUCAAUUUCCACAGUGUCGAUCGUACGGGGGAGGGGCAGAAGAAGCCGCUCUACAUUUCCUUCUCUGAGCAGGGGGGGCACGGCGGGGUCGCCGACUACGACUCGCUGCUGCGCCGGACGCUGGGCCGGAUGCACUUUCACCUGGUUGGGGAGCGGCAUGAGGUGUCAUGA